AUGGAGUAUAAUUUGAACAAUAACGAGACCUAUGGCACUAUGGUAGAGACUUAUCAUCCAAUGAAAUCAUUUGAUGAGAAUUUCUAAGCUGUAUCUGCAGAUACAGUAGUUAUGGCUCUCCUAUACUGCCAAAAUCAUUUACCACCAACUGCGACUGUUGAAGAUUGCAUCAGAAAGUAUCAAGAACUAAAGAUACAAGAGAUUGAGGAAAUUGGAAAAUUAUUUGAGACUAAGUAUAAAGAGCAACUUAACUAAAUAGAGUAAUUUAUUCUGGGAGAAUAACCGAAAUCCCCAACAAAUACCAAAGAAAGAUGUUAUCGUAGAUUAUGUAUUUGGGGUAAAAAGACACCUAUAGAAUAUUAAAAACCUUAUGAGGGGGGACCUACUCCGUUGCUCAAAUCCCCUUAACGAAGAUUCUAUGUUGUUUUUACUGUCAUUAAUUUGCUGUUGUUUAUCGUUCUAUUUGUAAUGUAUAUCGUCUAAUUCAGAGUGUAAGCUGACUCUACUCCAGAUUGCGUGAGACUUGAUUCUAUCUAUAUACAAGUCAUUGUCUUUGCAGGAGUCAAUACAAUUUGGUAUGUAUAGCUUGCAAGAAUAGAUUACCUUUCGGAUUAAGAGUGGUCUAAGUUUAUGACAUUCACUGCAAUUGAUAUUCUAGCACAACUUGUAUCAGUGAUCGUAACAAUGUACUUUACAGUUGUGAGAUAUAAUGAUGCACAUGAUUAAGAUUGCUUUGACUAAAAUUUAGCUCUAUUUGUUUAGAUAUUUGUGGUAAUAGGAUUUAAUGCUAUCAUUCUAGUGAUAUAGACUAUUGCAAUUAUAACCCUAACCAUAUAAUUAUUUGGUCAUCCUCAAAAGUUUUUCUACUUCAGAGAGGAAAAAGAUGUUAAAAUUAGAAUGUGA